ACAACCGGAAGUGGUGUUGCAGCUGCUAACCAUCCGAGCUUGCACUUCGGAAGUAAAUCAGCUGACCAGAAACACCAGUUUGCUGUCAACUGAAUCUUUUAUUUUUGGAAAAACCUGUUUGGAAAGCAGUGGAGCGAAAGUGUCGAAGUUUUCAGGGAUGAGCACGGUGAUCGUGGAGGAGCUCUGUUAAACAUUUAAGGACAUUUUGAUGAGAGCUUGCCCUUUUCUCUUCUGUUUUCACCCUCUGAGUACCCUGGACCCUACCUGUGAAAAUGGACCGCACAGAGUCUGUGCAGCCCAGCGUCAACUCAUCCUAUCUCCCGCCUGGGUACGACGAACAGAGCUCAAUCGAAGAUGAGGAGGACGAAGAUGCCAGUCCCUCUGCAGCUCUUCUUCCUAAAGUCUCCUCUGCGCCUCUGGCUGUGCGCUACAGUCCAGAGGACUCGUACUUUCUGGUAUACAUUAUCUUUUUUGUGAUGGGCGUCGGUUCCCUGCUGCCGUGGAACUUCUUCAUAACAGCCAAGCACUACUGGCACUACAAGCUGAGCAACAGCAGUGACCACAGCGGGCGCUCUGGUCUCAGUGACUACUUUGAAAGUUACGUGAGCCUAGCCUCAGCAGGGCCUUCUGUGUUUUGCCUAAUACUUAACUAUUUUCUGGUUAACAGGUUGUCGGCAAACGUUAGGAUCCUUUCAUCCCUCGUCGUGAUGCUGCUUGUAUUCGUGGUGACCACGGUGAUGGUGAAGGUGGACGUGUCGGAGCACAGGAUGGAGUUCUUCGCCGGCACGCUUGCCAGUGUCGCUGUCGUCAGCGGAGCCUCCAACGUCUUCUGUGGCAGCGUGUUUGGGAUCAGUGGCUAUUUUCCCAUGAGGAUCUCCCAAGCCCUCAUUUCAGGCCAGGCCAUGGGGGGGACCUUAACUGCGGUAGCAUCAAUAGUGACCCUAAGUGUGGCUGAGGAUGUGACCAGCAACGCUCUGGCCUAUUUCCUGACUGCAGACGUCUUUAUCCUCAUCUGCAUCACCUCCUAUUUGCUUUUGCCCAAAUUUGCAUAUUCAAGACACUACAUGCUGGGGAAGAGCUGCGCCAGGCCCGGGUCGCUCACUGAGGACCACGCCGCUACAGUCCCUCCGCUGCAGCCCAUCAUCAGAAAGGCUGGGAUACUUGGCUUUUGCGUCUUCUAUGUUUUCUUCAUCACAAUCUCUGUAUUCCCCACCAUCUCAUCGGGGAUCCAGUCUGUGAACGCAGACAGCGGCAGCCCCUGGACGACAACGUACUUCGUACCUCUGACCAGUUUCCUCCUUUAUAAUUUAGCAGACUUCUGUGGCAGGCAGGCGACGGCCUGGGUGCAGAUCCCCGGUCCCACCAGCAGAGUCCUGCCCGCUCUGGUGCUGUGUCGCUCUGUGAUGGUGCCACUCCUCAUGUUCUGUAACUACCAGCCACGGGGCCAUCUUCAUACGGUGCUGUUCCCUAGUGAUGUGUACCCUGUGAUCUUUAACUGCCUGUUAGGUCUCUCUAAUGGAUACCUGGGCACGCUGCCUAUGAUCUAUGGACCAAAGGUGGUUCCCCGGGAGCUGGCAGAAGCUACAGGAGUGGUCAUGUCAUUCUUUCUCUCUCUGGGACUAGCUGUUGGAUCUCUAUCUUCUGUUCUCAUUGUGCACAAUAUCUGAACUGGUGGUAAUUUAAACUUUGUAGUGAGGGAACACUACAGCCUGUGUGCAAUCAAGCAUUUUAUUUCCACUGAACCAAAGUGUUGCUCCCCCCCCCAUAUCUCAUAGUUUCAAAUAUAGUCUGUGCCAAUUCUCAGGAGAGAAUCCUCUUUGUACCUUUACAUAUUGGGAGGCAAUAUCUUCAGGAUUAAUUAAUCAGAUAUGGUGGUACGUCACUUUAAAUACUUGAAAAUGAAUUUAUAUCCAAAUAUACGGUACCCAAUGUAAAAAAAAAACAUUUGUAAAUUCUGCAAAGAAAUAAAUUUGUUU